CAGAAAUAUUGUUAUCAUUGAUGUUGUGUAAACAGAUUUAAAUAAUUUAAUUACUUUGUACCUUUAGACAUGUUAAAUUAUAAAUUUCGCACAGAAAUAAAAAAACAGUAAUACAGAACAGACUUUAUUUAAUGUUCAUAUUGAGAAGAAAUUGUUAACUGCUACAAAUAUAAUUUAGUAUUGUAAUAGAACAGGUUGUGCAGCAUUCGAAGUUAGCUUGCCCAAGCAUAUUCAUACAUUAAGCAUUUGUUAUACUAGAUAUUAAAGGCAAAAGCUUAAUCGAAAAAUAGCUCUUAGCCGCCAUUUUGUUAUAACUAGGUUUUUCGUUUCUCAGCCAAACGAAGCUUUAACUUUUAGUUCAGUUAACGCGAAGCAACUCCAGGUUGAAGUCAGCUUAAACGUAUAAAUUAUAUAUAAACAUGUUGAUUUGCCAAUUGGUACACUGAAAAUAAAAAUAUAAUAAUAACAGUUACCAAAAGGAAUUACCAAGUGCAAUUUUGCUGGCAGAGCAAAUAAAAUUUAAAUAUAAAGUAAUUUCCUUUAGCAGAAGAGUGAAAAAAAGUUUUUGAAAUGCUGAAAUAUUUCCAGUAUUGUAAAUUACAACGCUAAUUUUGCCUUGUUAUUCAACAGAUUUCGAUGUAUCAAAAACUCUCUGCCACCACCAUCAAAUUAAAAGUCUAUUUUAAAAUAAUUAAUUUUGAAUGAUAAUCAAUCUUGCUUGAUAUUAUCGGCAAAAUGUGAAAGCUUCAACGUUAUAGGUGCUCGAACCAUUUUAUUUUUACAUCAAAAAAAGAUAGGAAUAAACAAGCUGUUAACGCGUUCGUUUCUGCAAAAAUCUACUCGCUACCAAAACAAAAAGCUGAAAUAUAAUAAAUGAACGUUGAUAAUCUGUGAUGAUGUACAAUCAAAAACGCGCAUGUGCAAUUGAGCUGAUAGUAGCAGUCCUUUUGUUCACAAUUUUUUGCUGUAGCAAUGGCAGAAACUUAAUUAUUCCUCAGCGGGGUAAAAGCGAUAUAUUUACUGGUGAAUAUGAAGGAGUGCAACAAAAAUCGGUACCUAUGGAAGUUGUUAAGGUUCCUGAUGCUGAACUCGGUAGAACAAUUAAUCAACGGUUACAACCGCGCAGCAUUAAAUAUAGAUAUUUGGCAUUGGAAAGCGGGAAAGAUAUAUCGAUAUCGUCGACAAUAGUACCACUUCAAAAUUCUACUGAACUUGAAACCGACGAGAAAAUGUCAGCAAAUAUGCUAAGCAUGGUUGAAGCUCUGUCGGAAAUGUCGAGCAUCACUCCAACAACAUAUCGCCCAGCACGGCUGUCUGCUUCAGCAAAUAUAUCCUCACAGGAGAGAGAGCGUAGGCUGAUGAUGGUUCUGGAGGCUCGUCGUCAUGCAUUACCCCGUGUAAGUGUACGAACACGCCUUGGCACCACCGAACAAUCCUCAUCCUUAGAUACUACAUCUAAAGCACCAAGUGAUGUUCGAUCGGAUUGUUUAAAAAACUGUACAAAGAACUUUACGCGUCGUACGACUACUAGUUGUAUGCGAAAGUGCUCUAAUUUAACCCGUACAAAGAAUGGUACGGUUAUCAUUCACGAAUCAUCUUUAACCGGUUCAGCUACGCUGACGUCCGAUCGAGACAACAAUGAGAUACUCUUUACGGACGAAUCUUCACACGGACUAUUUAUUGUUGCAAAGGGACAAAAUGAUACUUCAAAUCAUAUACAAGAUAUUAUGAAAAAUGUGAAAGUGCGGUCUAAAAAUAGGGAUUUAUCAUCAGUAACCGUAACUUCUAGUUCCAUUGAGAAUGAUGAUAUCCAACCAUACUUGUACUUCGGUGAAAAACUUCCACCUAUUAAGCCCGGUACAUUGACAAUUACUUCCGUUAGUGAAGGACUUCCUAAGCUAUUGGAGAUUUCUGCUAAUAAAUUAGGACCUACUACGCCUACCUCACUCGUCUCCUCAUCAACGUUAACGGCAGUUGAGCGUAGCCGAUCACGAUAUAAAUACAGAGAUCGAGGAUAUAACAAUUAUAGACGUUCGCCUAUGCAUGCAAGUGCACUAACCUCCAUGGAAGCUAAAGGUGGAAGUUUUUUAAAUUCCGAAACUGUAACAUCUUUCAUUAAGGAAAAUAAAGGGCAUAAUGCGGACCAAAGGGGUGUUUUACAAUUAACAAAACAGCCAUCCGUUACAUCCGAAGUUGUUUCUACUACACCAUUAUUAUUAACGGUUUCGGACGAGACAAAUGAAACCACUGGGCAUAUUCAGACCACCACAGAACUCACUAAAAAUGUUGUGUCUGAUUCUCCAAUUAUUCUGUACCCCACUACGUUUCGCGGUCAUUUAACCAACGCUACAAUGAGAACAUUUCUCAGAAAUACAACUGUACUAAAUAAAUUAGUCUUAAAAAUCACCACUCCUGCAAUUAGAAAAUUAUCAACAGUUUCAUCAACUGUUCGACCCAGAACAGUUGUUAAAGAAGGCAUAAGAAACCCUGAUUUUCUGAGCUCAAGAGUACCACAAGAAAUUAGUAGUCAGGAAACAGUAAAAUCAACCGCAAAUAUUGCAAAUUCAAGCGCUAUUGUUAAAGAGGACAUUGAGAAACUUCGAGCUCUUGGGCCAAGUCUCACUCAAGAAAUAAAAAAUGAUGAAAAUAUUGUUAUUUUUCUUAAUCAGACUUCUCGAAAUCGACCAAAUGCCGAAAUUGAGAUCAGCGACAAACCAGGUUCAAUAUUACAGCCGACGUUGAAAUCAGAGCACUCCUAUGAGAAUCCAAUAACUGAAACUCCAUCCCUGCCAUUAGAGUCAUCUUCUGCCAAUUCAAAUGAAUAUCUUCAACCCUCUCUUAUAGGUGUUAUAGAAACAGCGCCAAUAGAAAAACAGACUCAACUUGAUCAAUCUAAUAUAAAUAGAGGAGAUAUAAAGUAUACUUUCGUCGCCAAUGAUACUGAAGUAUCUUUAGAUAUGCGGCGUGUUAAUAUUGCCACCAUGGUGUUGGCUGGAAUCGGAAUAAUACCUCUUUGUGCGCUUACUCUUUAUCUUGUCCGAUCAUACAUAUUUCGUCGAACUAUUAAAAUUCAGGAGGAUUUCGAUGUGUGCAUUGGUGACCAACUACCUAUUAGUCCGGUAAAGAAACUUGAUUCGAAGUUUCAAAACAAAGACGAAAAGGAGAACUAUGAAAGCGAACAUCAUAGUGCCCAUACUUUACAUUACCAUUCAACGUAUAAUAUGCCGAUGACAAUUAACAAAGUUACACAUCGGAAAACAAAUGAGGACAUCCGUUAUGAUGAACAAUGCUCGGUGACUAGUGAUCAAGAAUUUGAUCGUAGCAAUAUUCGCUUAAAGAGUCUACUAGGUGAGGGCAACUUUGGUCAAGUAUGGAAAGCUGAGGCAGAUAAUCUUAGCGGUCAUUUUGGAGCUACGCGUAUUGUUGCCGUUAAAACGGUCCGGAAAUACAGUCCUCAAUCUAGCUUGAAGGAAGAAUCAGACAUUAUGCGAAAACUGGGUUCACAUCAAAACGUUGUGACUCUGCUUGGCGUGUGCUUAGAAAUUGAGCCACACAUGCUAAUUAUGGAGUAUGCAAUGCGUGGACGAUUGCUAUCAUUACUGCGCGCUGCGCGUAGUGCUGUAAACAUUUUACCAGCCUCUGUACCUGGGGGUCGCAGUUCUACACCUUUGUCGCCACGAACGCUAGGUGGCUUUGCAUUGGACAUUGCUUGUGGAAUGGAGUACAUUGCUGAAAAAAGAAUUGUACAUCGUGAUCUUGCGGCACGCAACGUUCUUCUUGAUCAUAAUGGUGUUUGUAAAAUUUGUGAUUUUGGAAUGUCAAUCGAUUUGGAGGAUGAAGCUAAGCAGAAAGAGGUGGAUCUCAACAAUGCUAAAAAAAUAAUAAGUAGCAAUACGAAGAGGAAAUUAGAUUUCGGCAGCCGUUUCAUAAUACACCAUUGGAACAAUAACUUCAAUACAAGCCAAAUUCCAGCAAAAGAUGCUAUUGAAAAAAAAUUCCACGUUCAUGAUCACAGUCAUGGACAUGCUCACGAUUCGAUGAGUCGGAGGCCUGCAUUACCAAUUCGAUGGAUGGCACCAGAAGCUUUGCAAUAUCAUAUUUUUACGCAUGAGACUGACGUAUGGGCUUUUGGUAUAUUACUGUGGGAAAUAUCCACAUUGGGAUCUACGCCAUACGCCAAUCUAACAGGACGCGAAGUUAUCCGACGAGUUCCGAAUGGCCUAAGGCCAGAGCUGCCAAAGCAAUCGCGUUUACAAUUUUACAAUUUAAUGACUCGUUGUUGGCAUAAGGAUUCCCAUUUACGACCGUCGUUUUCAUAUGCGAGACAGGAAAUAUCUCGUUCUCUCCACAAAUGGGUUGAGGACGACUCAGCAGAAUCGGACUAUAUGGAUGUUAGUGGAUUUAGUGAAGAUCUUGAACAUGGCAUGGUUUAUUUCAAUCAACGAAUAUCCGAGUUUGAAUGCGAAAUAUGACCAUGACUGAAACCUACCACUUUCAACAUAUCUUUUAAUAAUUUUCGAAUAUUUAUAUGUUUAAUGAAAAUUAGAAGUCAUUGAAUAACAGUGGAUAUGGCUUUCUUAUUUAUUGAUAUCUACAAGUGCUAGCAGCAGUAUUAUUUAUAUUAUACCCAUUUACAGGAAUUUAAAAGUGGAAUUGAUACUUAUGUAUAUAGGAACAUAGUAUAUGUGUAAUAUAGUGUAAUGUUAUCAAUGUAAAAAAUAAUAGUUAAAAACUUAAAAAACCCCAUAAAAUGUACAUAUAUUAAGAUUAUUUACAAGUAAACGGUAUUCGUAAUCUCAAAAACAUUUAAUUGUAUAUAAACACACAUGCAUAAGCUAAGAUCAUUUAAUUAGAUUUUCUCUAGUCUCUUAAAAAUUAUGGUUUCUUUAGAAUAUUAUAGCUAAUAAUAAAGAGAAAUAUGCCGCAGAGGUAUUUUCAAUACCUUUUAUCCCAUGUAUAAAAUAUAUCAUACUAAACCAUAUUUUUAACAUCCAAGAAUAUUAACCUUUAUAACAAAUUGAAAUACUACAAUAUAUUAAUAAAAAAAAAUUAACUAAAAAUUCGUAGUUUUCUUAUAAAAAAAUUUGUUAAAAUAACGUCAAAUUCUAACUAUUUUUCUUAUGUUACUUAAUUAAACAUUUGACCAGUACAAAUUAAUGUCAUUUUUCUUUAAAUAUUUUUUAAAUUAUAAUAGUUAUCAUGUAGUCAAAUGCCUUUUUGAACAGAACCAAAGCUCCAACGAAUGAUGGGCAAAUUUUUAUAUAAGAUUUUAAUCGGAUUCAUUAUUUUACAUAUCCACAGUGUCUAUUUAGAAAAAUACUUUUAGCUAUCAUUGUUUGUUAUGUUUUAUUUUUAAAAUAAAUUUUUAUAUAUACUGAAA